UGGGCUCUCUGCUAGGUAGCAUGGCAGAGCCGACUCCCGCGGCGUGGCCUUCAGCCCCCCAGGUGACUCCCGCGCUGGAGACCUCGAGCGAAGCCGCUCCGCCGCGGGACAACUGGGUAUACUGGGCCAUGCUGCCGCCGCCGCCACCUCCUCUUUCGUCCCCAGCGGCGCGAUCCGAGCCGUGCCGGAAGGGGCAGCCCCACGUGCAGACACAGCCUCUCUCCGGAGCGCUUCCGCCGUUCGAUGUUCAGAUUCCUCCCGCGGCUCAGCCUAAUUUCGAAUCCCAGGCCCCGCUGGAUGUUCAGCCUCAGUUCAACAGCCAGCCUGCCUGGAACUUACAAGCUUCGACGCCUUGGUACUGGGGACUGUCUCCUAAUGGGUUUCCCACGAAUCACACGGCCUUCCACUCACCGGCUACACGUUCUUAUUAUCCACGAACACAUGAUGGAAAAUUCAGUGACUUCAGUUUGCCUCAAAACAGAAAGCAGAAGAAGAAGAAAAGAAAGGAACCGGUUUUCCAGUUUUUCUGUGAUACCUGUGAUCGUGGCUUUAAAAAUCAAGACAAGUAUGACGUACACAUGUCAGAACAUACAAAAUGCCCUGAGGUGGACUGCUCUUUUAGUGCACAUGAGAAGAUUGUUCAGUUCCAUUGGAGAAAUAUGCAUGCUCCUGGGAUGAAGAAGAUCAAGCUGGACACUCCAGAGGAGAUUGCAAAAUGGAGGGAAGAAAGGAGAAAAAACUACCCAACUUUGGCUAAUAUUGAAAGGAAGAAAAAAUUACAACUCGAAAAGGAAAAGAGAGGAGCAGUGUUGACAACGACGCAGUAUGGCAAAAUGAAAGGCAUGUCCAGACAUUCACAGAUGGCAAAGAUCAGAAGUCCUGGUAAACAUCAUAGAUGGAAAAGUGGUGGGGCUAGCCAGACAGCAGGCGCUGGACCAGGCAGUCAUGCCAGAGAGCCGAAGCCUGAAGCUCCACCCACAGUUCAUGUAGACCCUCUCAGUGCUUUGAUACACAGUGACUCUGAGUCUGAUAAGGAAGAGAAGCCACAAAGGACUGUGGUACCUAAGGAGGUGACACCAGCCUUAUGUUCACUGAUGAGCAGCUACGGCAGUGUUUCGGCAUCCGAGAGUGAACCAGAAGAAACUCCCAUCAAGACUGAAGCAGAUGUUCUGGCAGAAAACCACCAUGUUCUUCAUAACAGCCCUCCCAAGAGUCCAAGACAAAGUGUUAAAACAACUGCCAGAACUGUCUCUAGAGCCAAGUGGGGGAACCAGAGGAAUGGUUUCAGAAAGCUAACCCUUAAGCGGAAAAAGAGUCGCUACCACCCAUUGUUUGAACCAAGAACACGUCACCCAUAUCUCCUGGAAAUGCUUCUAGCUCCAGACAUUCGACAUGAAAGAAAUGUGAUUUUGCAGUGUGUUCGAUACAUCAUCAAAAAAGACUUUUUUGGACUUAAUACUAAUUCUGUGAAAGCUGAAGAUGUGUCAACGCCGCAUGCUUCCGCAAGUGUUAGUGAAGCAGGUGAGAGCGCAGGGAAAAUCAACAACCUCUAAAGACCCGGUCAGUAAUUAAAUCGUAGGACAAAUAGCAUGUUAUGCUGGAUUUUAAGUCUGUCCUUUGGAUUUAUGCAAAUAAAUGCACAGCUGGUCUUUUUAAAGAAUGUGUCUGUGUUAUUGGGG